GAUCGAUUCAUGAUCGACGUCCUGCAUUUCCCGACACGAGGCUCCGCAGACGUCGCACCGAGGGCGGCGAGUUGUUGCGUUACCGCUCAACAAUCUUCAGAUACAUCGAGGUACCUGGCGAAGCCUGAAGUCAAGUCUGUGAGACAGGGAGCCGGUAAUGUAGGGGAUCCCGACACAAUUCAGGCGACCCAACGGCUGAUUUGCACGGAUUUGCGCCCAAUUCUCACGAGCGCCGGAGAUGCAACCCCAUUUAGGUCAAGCCCAUGAAGAAGCGAACGCAAAUCCGCUUGUCGGACGGCGCCCGAGGAGACAGGCAAGAUAGACGAUGGCUUUGUGCUAAUUUAUUGCCGAGCCGCUGCAAAUCCCCCGCUGGGAAUCCGCGGAGCAGACAUUGCCGAAAGGGUACUAAUAGCACGUAUGGCUUCUUCUUCGAGAAAAUCCCGGCCUUUAUCUUUGACUGGACGCUCCUCCUGGCGUCUACUUAAAGGCCCCGAGAAGUCAUAAUUAACAGCACAUCUGUUCUUCGCCCACAAUUACAGCGUCUGCAGUACACUAUGGCCCCCACCAUUGUCCUCCCCAGCAUUCACGAGAUGUUUCCCGAACACUUGAUGAUCGCGCGGCCCGGCCCGCCACCAGCAGCGCCAGCAGCCUCUCGGCCGCACUUCCAUCCCUAUCUCCCCGCCACCACACCACCGCCGGCUCAUGCCUCGACCUCGCAGCGCGCGAGGGUCCGCCUUCCCUCGAUACACACGGCCCUUCCACCCACGACCGGCUCUCCCGCGUUCUCAUUUGACGUACUCAAAAACGAUCCGCGAACGUCGUCGCUGACGCACAUCGCGUCAAGCCGACCGCGGCGCCCAACGACAUCCUCCUCCUCCUGCUCCUCUGAUGAUCUGGACUUGCAAGACGGUGAUGACGAGUCGGGGGAUUUCGGGCCAGAGGAAGAGGAGGGGAAGAAACAUCUGUGUCCCACGUGCGGCAAGCGGUUCAACCGGCCCAGCAGCCUGCGAAUCCACGUUAACACGCACACCGGCGCGACGCCAUUCCGCUGCCCAUACCCUAAUUGCGGACGCGCUUUCAACGUGAACUCGAACAUGCGUCGGCAUUUUAGAAAUCACGGCGCGCCUCCGCCGCCGACUCCCUUGAGCCCAGUUGACGGCGCUCGUGCGCAUGCGGCAUCUCGGCGGUCGUCUCCAACGCUAUCAGUGUCUCCCCCGCCGUCGUCGGUGACGUCGUCCUGUUAUUCACCUCUCACACCUGUCUCGCCGCUGUGGCGGGAUCACGCUCAUCCGUACCAUUCUUACACUGCCAAGACGAGUCCGACGACAUUCUUCGAGAGUGAUGUGCGGAGCGAGAGGCGAUGACAGAGAAUGCCCUUGGCUAGAUUCUUGUCAUUCCCCCCUACAUUAGCUCGUUUGUUCCCUCGAUGUAAAAUCCGACGAUGUAAUAUCAGAGAAGAAUGCAUGUGUACGACCUAUUUACUGUACGCCACUCGCCAGACAAACUCUUAGCGACCGACAACGACGGGAUGUCCCUCAAGAUUGUGUUCUGUGUCGAUGAAUCCUGGUUAAUUCCUGGAUAAUUUAAUCUGGAUUUCUUGACCUACUCCUUGCAAUCCUUUCUCCUUCCCGUGAUCCAUACAAUUCCAGUGAACAGUUUGGACAAAAUUCACCAUUGCGGAUUCUUUUCUGGGACGGAUUAUGGGCAGAACCUCGGGAUUUGAUGUCCCGGAUAAUUAAGCCACGUUUUCGUUUUUUGCAACGAUGACAAAAGAUGGUCUGCCCGCGACCAUGACGGUGAUUAAAAGCUCACUCUGAGCUUAUGUUGAGCACACUGAGUUUCUGCCGACCGGAGUCAAAUCCAACUGGAUCCGGGCCCCAGUACUGAUGACUGUGUGCACCAAUAAGAAAGCUCGAAAUCCGCAACCCCGGUGAAUUAUUCGUAAUUAGCUCAAGCUUCAUGAUUCACAGGGACCCAGCUGCUGGAUUCAUCCCUUCGUGGGUUCCAGCACCGGCAGAUCGACACAAGAUCCUCGGCGAUCCUCAAGUAGGGCUGUCCGAUGACCGUAUUGAGACCCGGUGCGUCUUCAGCUAUUCUCACGGCAUGUGAUUCGAUUCCAGCCGCAGAGACGAAUAGACCCAGCUGACAGACAAGCUGCUGGGCUGAAUCCAGCACUCAUCCUGUCAGCGAACGAUCGCACCUGAUUAGUCGCCGGACGAUGCGGAUCCGGGAUCUCCGGUGAAGCUUGACCUUG